AUGACACUUAAAACUUCAUCUACUAGUUCAUUAACCAUUUCAUCAAACACAAGUCAAGUAUCUGUUAUUAAUCCAGAGUUUCCGGAGUGUAGCGAACUAUAUUAUUUUACUCAGGAUGACUCAAGAUUUCCGGAUGUCAGGCCAAAAAUUGAGUCGAUACGUACUUUAACAACGGUUACCGUUUACUAUUAUGCCUUUGAUAUCAAAGAUGUAAGGCGUAGUUCUAGUUCUUAUGCAAAUAUUUUAUAUAAAUUACCGACCUUACUGAGAGAAUUCAAAUAG